AUGGCCAUGAUGCCGUACACAUCCACACUGCAGACCAAUUUUUUUGCAGGUGUGGCGGCGGGCAAGCCAAUGGAGUGCACUGGCUUGCCGUCGGGCGUGAAGCCGCCAGAGCCUUGUGUGGAGGCCCACUCUCAGGUGGUCCUGUGGUCGACAUGGACCAGCUUCUUCACGAACAGCGUGCUGGCAGUGUACCUGAACCCUGCCUUUGGGACCUGGAGCGACCUGCAUGGGCGGAAGGGAUUCAUCGUGCUGGGCAUGAUGAUGGAGUGCCUGCCCUUCAUCGCAAUACUCUUGUAUCUGAAGGACAUUCUCCCUCUGUAUUGGUACUAUCCAGCUCACAUCAUUGCUUCAAGUGUGAGCGCCUACACUGUGGCUUUGGGUUACCUGGGCGACGUCAUCUCAAGGGAGAACCGAACCGUGGUAUUCGGUUUCUGGGCCGGCACUUUCAAUGUCAGCUCCAUAAUCGGCUCGUCCAUCAACAUUUCCGGGCUGGUCAGGACCCCAGAGGUCGCAGCGGUGGUGGCCCUGGGCACCGUUGUCAUCUCCACCGCCCUUGCUGCUGUUUGGCUUCCAGAAUCAUUGCCCCCUGCUGCGAGGCUGGCAGCUCGGCAGAGGGCCUAUGAGGCUGGUGUCUUGGGCGGCAGAGGGCUCAUGGCCUGUGUGAAGAAGCCGUUCCUAUCAGCAUGGACAUCCCUGAAGAUCUUGGCGAGGAAUGAGCUGUUCAUGAAGCUGACAGUGACAGUGACGAUCUUCUUCAUCGUCCUGCAGGAGACCAUGGAGUUCAUCUUCCAGUAUUUGCAGGAAGUGGCGGGCUUUGACACAAUGGACCAGUCCAUCUUUUUUGCGGUGUUGGGCGUGGGCGGCCUGUUCACCUUGUACGUGGUCCUCUGGUUCCUGUUCACAGUGGUGGGGUUGUCUGAGAAGUCGGUGCUGAUCAUUGGCAUCAUCUCCUUUGCCCUGGAGCAGCUCAUGUUGUCACUGGUGCAUGCAAAAUGGCAGGGCUAUGCAGCCAUCGCUGUGGGUUCACUCGGGGGGCUGGCGUUCCCUGCGAUACAGGCCAUCAAGUCCAAGUCUGUGGGAGAAGAGGAGCAGGGUGCUGUGCAGGGCGCGCUUGUGGGGGCAAGGUCAGUAGGCCAGGGAAUCGGCCCCUUUUUCUUCCUCAUCCUGUUCAAUGGGUUCAGGAGUCGUGGGCUGUAUUUUCCAGCAGCGCCUUUUGUUGCUGCUCUGGUGCUGGAGCUUGGGGCACUCGUGGUGGCCAGCACCAUCAGGCUGCCAUCCGAGUUUUUGGGCGUACAGAAGCACGCUCGGGAAAAGAAGGCCAUGCGUGCGGGUGGAUUGCUGGAUGAGGACCAGGAGAAGACCCCUCUCCUGCAAGACAACGUAUAG